AUGUCUUCUUCUUACGUGGCCUGUCUAUAUGUAUGGCCUAUCUUCUCUUUCAUGCCUAUUUUCUUACUCUCAUACACUAUUGCUCCUCUCAGAUACAGACAAGACCUUUUCGCUGGAAGUGCGGAUGUCGUUGCUGACGGAAAAAUGAGUGAACCAGCAACAACCGCCAGUCCACCUAGAGCCGUCGUCAUCGGACUUUACGGUGUUCCUGGCUCUGGAAAGACCUACUUGCUCAAUCGCCUCAAGCGUGAACUCGGAGAGGAGGAUUUCGCCUUUUACGAAGGCUCCAGCGUCAUCGACAGCAUAGUGACUGGCGGGCUCGAUGCAUUCAAAAGGAUCCAAGAAGAAGAAAAGGAGGUCUGGCGUCAGCGUGCUAUUGAGAGCAUCAGAGACGAGUGCACCAGUACUGGGAAAGCUGCGGUGGUCACUGGCCACUUGAUGUUUUGGGAUGAGGAGGAAGAGACUGGAUCGUCGGUGGUGACCCAAAUUGAUCUCAGCGUCUACACCCACAUCAUAUAUCUGGACGUCUCUUCAGAAGUUAUUCAGCGACGUCGGCAAGCUGAUACAAGCAGGGACCGGCCUCCGGUGACAGCCUCCCACAUCCGGAGGUGGAAAGAAGCUGAAAAGGCACAGCUGCGCAGUCUAUGUCUCACUCACGGCAUCCUGUUCUCGCUUCUUUCCAGUAGACAGGACUUGACGAGCCUUAUUAAGGACUUCCAGGUUCACAACGACUGCCAUAACUUGCGCCUCGCUUUGGAAAACGUUGAUGACGCCAUUCGUGCCGACCACGACUACCUGGAGAAGGUUGUGGUGUUGGAUGCAGACAAGACACUGGGUGCAGAGGAUACUGGGCUGCUUUGGUGGGAGACAUACGUCCGAGUCAACGAGCUUCAUGGCCGGGUGUGUCCUUUGAAGGAUGUGUUCAGCAGCCCCCUCAAAUACUCAUACCUUGCCUUUCGACAGGUCACGUUGAUGUAUGAGGAGGCCAAUGAUGAGGAUUUCGACGUGAUUUGCAGCAUGACUGCAGAGACUGUGACAAUGCAUCCUGAGUUUGUCGCUCUGUUGCAUCAGGUAUCCCAGUUCGAGCAUAUCCGUGCUGUGGUGGUGACCUCCGGACUACGUCUGGUGUGGGAGAAGAUCCUGGAACGUACAGGCCUGUCCGGAACAGUCAAAGUGGUUGGUGGUAGCCGCAUUCAGGAUGGCUUCGUGGUGACGCCAGAGGUGAAGGGUGCCAUGAUUGAACAUCUGCAAAACACUCACAAGGUGGAGGUUUGGGCUUUUGGAGAUAGCCCUCUGGACCUCAACAUGCUGAAGAACGCCGACCAAUCUAUCGUGGUCGUUGGCGAUGAAGCAACCAGAAGCAAGAGCAUGGAUAGCGCUUUGGCCGACGCUAUCAAGGACGGCCUUCGAGCGCGGCAGGUUUUGCUUCCCAUCUCUGCUACUCCUCGCUUGGACGCUGCCACACUUCCAGUCAUGAAACUCACCGAUCAGGACUUUGUCGACUCUCUUCUAUCUAGACGCGGAAAUCUUCAUGUCGUCCACGCUACUGAUAAGAGCGCCGCCAAAUUGCUCAUGACUCCCAUGCGGGACGCAGCACUUGCCGGCCCACGCCUUCGGGAAGCACAUCGCCAGUGUGGACGAUACCUCGCACUGGAGUACGUGAGUGACCUGAUUGGCGUGGAGCCAUGCGACAUCUUGCACGUCCAGGGCCAUAACACAACUGGUUUUCGACUUGCUCGUGAGGAACGCACCCUCAUCGUGGCGUUGAUGCGAGGUGGUGAGCCUAUGGCAUUUGGUAUCAACGACGCAUUUCCACGCGCCAUGUUCCUCCAUGCCUCGACCCCAGAUAACGUUCAGUCCCACCAUCUCCUUGGGCUUUCUGCGGUGGUGCUUGUGGACUCCGUGGUCAACAAUGGAAAGACGGUGGUGAGUUUUGUGCGGCACAUCCGCAGUCUCGACGCCAAUGUUCGCAUCAUCGUGGCGGCUGGAGUUGUGCAAGCGCAGGCUGUAUCAUCGUACAGUGCUAUACAGGCUCUCGCUCGCUACGGAGAGCUCAAUGUUGUGGCGCUUCGCCUUUCGGAUAACAAGUACACUGGGAGCGGUGGCACUGAUACUGGGAACCGCCUGUUCAACACGGUUCAUCUUCCCUAG